CCAGUUAUCAGGGCAAUUGUCAAUUAAUAAUUAAUCAGAACGCUGGGCCCAGGGAGCAUUCAGAAGGAGCAAGCUGACCCCAUGGCAGGACCAGCAGAAACUUUGCCUCGCCUGAGGAUGCGGAAGUUCUGGGAAGAACAUUCGCAAAACUCCUCUGUGCAGGAAAUGAUGCUGGACUCGGGGGCCCAGCAACUCACACAGGAAGACACCCCAGAGAUCCUUGCCCUCUUGCCUUGCCUGAAAGGACAGGACGUGUUGGAACUGGGAGCAGGUAUAGGCCGGUUCACAGCAGCUCUCGCUGAGCUGGCGCACCAUGUCACAGCUGUGGAUUUCAUGGAGAGCUUCCUGGCGCACAACCGGCAAGAGAACGGACACCAGCCGAACGUGGCUUUCCUACAGGCCGACGUUACCAGCCUGCAGUUGCCAAGCCAGAGCUUCGACCUCAUCUUCUCCAACUGGCUUUUCAUGUACCUUUUGGAUACCGAAGUGAGUGACGUGGCCAAGCAGAUGCUUCUCUGGCUGCGUCCAGGAGGGCAACUUUUCUUCCGGGAAUCCUGCUUCUACCAGUCUGGAGACCAGCCAAGGGCCUUCAACCCCACUCUUUAUCGAACGCCUGCAGAAUACAAUCACCUCUUCACUUCAGCCCAUCAGAUGUGCGGAGACGAGCUCUAUGGAUUUGAGAUAGUCAUGUCCCGAUCGGUGCAAACUUACAUCAAGAGGAAGCAAAACCGCAACCAGGUGUGCUGGCUUCUCCAGAAAGUCCCCCGAAACCCCGAGGCCACCUGGGGAUACGACACCUUCCAGAAGUUUCUAGACAGCGAGCAGUAUGCCACCCGCAACAUCCGUCGCUACGAGUGGGUCUUCGGGCCUGGGUUUGUCAGCACCGGAGGCCUCACAACCACCAAGGAGCUGCUACGUAUGCUGGAUUUGAAACAGGGCCAACGAGUGCUGGAUGUUGGCUGCGGACUCGGCGGGGGUGACUUCUACAUGGCUAAGGAGUUUGGCGUGGAAGUCCUGGGCAUGGAUCUUUCCCACAACAUGGUGGAGUUGGCUUUGGAGCGAGCACAAAAGGAGACUGGAUCCCUGGUGCAGUUUGAAAUUGGCAAUGCCACGAGAAGGACGUUCCCAGAGAACACCUUUGAUGUCAUCUACAGCCGGGACACCAUCCUGCAUGUGCCAGGCAAGAGUGCUCUCUUUGCAAAGUUCUUGUCGUGGCUGAAGCCAGACGGGCAGCUUCUCAUCUCUGAUUAUUGCUGUGGGCCUCGCCCCUGGUCAAAAGCUUUCAUGGAGUACGUCAGACGGAGGGGCUACAGCCUUCUCACGCCCCAGGAAUAUGGCCAGGUGCUGCAGGAGGCUGGAUUCAGGCAGGUCCAGGCAUUGGACUAUACAGGACGGAUGCUGUCAGCCUUGACUCAAGAGCUGCAAGAGCUGGAAAGAAGUCAGCAGCAAUUUGUCCAGGAAUUCUCAGAGAGCGAGUUUGAGUCCUUGGCCUCUGGAUGGAGGGAAAAGCUGCAGCGCUGUGCAGAUGGGGAUCAGCGCUGGGGGGUCUUCUAUGCUCUGAAGCCUCAGUAGCUGUCCCGCCA